AUGACUACCAACGGCAUCCAACCCGGCCACGUCGGCAAUCUGACUCAGGAUCAAGAGGCUAAACUACAACAGCUUUGGACCAUUGUCCUUACUCUGCUAGACGUGAAGUCCCUCCAGGGUGGAGAUGCCUCGGCACAGACCCAACCCGACCAGCGUCCAAGCACGUCGCUCUCCCGAGCUGACACCGUCGUCUCCGCUCAUGGCCAAACGGCUUUCACAGAAGACUUGUCCCAAGUCCUCCGGGAGAAUGGUAUGAGCAACCCUGACAUCAAGUCCGUCCGGGAGUCGCUGAGCAACACCUCGAUCGACGAACUCCGCUCGGGUCUGUUGUAUACUGCCAAACAUGACUCCCCCGACGUCCUUCUGCUUCGCUUCCUGCGCGCUCGCAAGUGGGACGUCGGCAAGGCCUUCGGUAUGAUGUUGAGGGCGCUUGUCUGGCGCAAGGAUCAGCAUGUCGACGAUAAGGUGAUCGCGAACCCCGAACUCGCGGCACUAGUCACGUCUCAGAACACGGUGGAUACGCACGCAGCCAAGGAGUGCAAGGACUUCUUGGACCAAAUGCGUAUGGGGAAGUGCUAUAUGCACGGGACCGAUCGGGAUGGCCGGCCUGUUCUCGUGGUGCGCGUUCGCUUCCAUCAACCCUCGAAGCAGAGCGAGGCAGUGAUCAAUCGGUUCAUCCUGCAUACGAUCGAGACAGCCCGAUUAUUGCUGGCGCCUCCCCAGGAGACAGUGACCAUCAUCUUUGAUAUGACUGGCUUUGGCCUUUCCAACAUGGAAUAUGCCCCGGUGAAAUUCAUCAUCGAAUGUUUUCAGGAGAACUACCCCGAAUCGCUUGGAUACAUGCUCAUUCACAAUGCCCCCUGGGUCUUCUCUGGAAUCUGGAAGAUUAUCAAGGGGUGGAUGGACCCGGUGAUUGUGUCGAAAGUGAACUUUACCAACAAGGUGUCCGAUCUGGAGAAAUUUAUUGCCCCGGAGCAGAUUGUGAAAGAGCUGAAGGGCAAGGAAGACUGGACCUAUGAAUAUGUCGAGCCGGUGGCCGGUGAGAACGAGCUGAUGGCGGAUACGGAAACCCGCGACCGCAUCUACGCCGAGCGGUUGAAAAUUGGCGAGGAGUUGCUGCUGCGGACCUCGGAAUGGGUCUCCACCAGCCAGCGAAAGGACGCGGCCGCUACCACAACGGCCCGAGAGCAACGGAGCGAGACGAUCGAGUCGCUGCGCCAGAACUACUGGCAGCUGGAUCCGUAUGUGCGCGGGCGCACAUUCUUGGACCGGACAGGAGUAGUCAAGCCGGGCGGCAAGAUUGACUUCUAUCCGAGCCCAGAUCUGGAGCCCGCCACGGCUAAGAUGUUGGAAGUGGAGCAUUUUGAGCGAGCUCAGGUGAAGGUGGUCGAUUUGCAAUGA